UCCUUCAGCAGCUCAUUUGGAUGAGGAGAGCCGAGCAGAGCGCAGCGCUCCACACCGCCUCCAUCCUCCAUCCUCCAUCCUCCGUCCUCCAGCUGCGCUCUGAGCCCGCAGCUCUCCGGAACGCUCCGUUUUUCUCAAUCCAAACACAAAACCAAGACAAACAUGAGAUAAUUAAAGUCCUGGCUCGCUGGAUGCGGAUGAUUUUUCCGUCUUCUGGUGGUUUUCUCUCUUCUGUUUCCCUCGCCGAUCAGUCUGUGGAAUGGUCUGCGUUUUCUCCCCUGAGUCGUGUCCACUUCAGCAUGGGAACUGCGGUGUCCAAAAGGAAGAAUCUGAGGAGUGAUGCUAUUUCUUCCGUGGCCGCAAAAGUUCGAGCAGCCAGAGCUUUUGGAGAAUACCUGUCCAACACCAAUCCAGAGAACCGCAACGGAGCAGAUCAUCUAUUGUCUGACACUUUCCCCGGCCAGGACUGUGACUCUCCAGACGUUAGCCGCUUGCAUAACAACAAUCUGCCACCGCAGAGCCGUUGUUUACCCAUAACUAAACCCAACCAGCCCAGCCAGUCCAAUCCCAGCGCUCACCCACAGUCUCAGCCUCAGGUCAACACCCUCCAGGCUCAGGCACCGCCGGGUCCCUCCAAACGCCGCCUCUCAGCUGAGCGCAGCCUCUCCACAGAGGAGCCGCCAGGUCCCAGGGUCGCAGAGGGGAGCGUUGCUGUGAAGCCGGCCAGAGUGUACACAAUCACCAGGGAGGGAGGGAUGACUCUGGGGGCUCGUGGCAGUGAGGAGAGCCUGGAGCUGGAGGUGCUGAAGGGCUCCAGGGAGCAGCCUCUGGCCCAGGCCCCUGCUGCUGCCAACCACACCCAGUCCUGCACCAGCCAACCCUCAGCUGCCCGCGGUAGCCACCACCGCAGUAGCCAUCACCGCAGCAACCAUCACCAUGCUCAGCAGCACCACGGAGGCCCACAGUCAUCGUCACAGCCGCUGCAGAACUCGGGGAGUGCCAGCAACAUCCGGGACUGGGGGAUGAGGAGAGGGGGGUCGCGGGACGACUACACCCCAGACUGUGUGGCCUGCAUUCGGGCUCCGUGUCAAAGCCAGCGGUCCCUGGACCUGGAUACCUCACCACGAGAUGGAGGGAAGCACCGUAAGAAACUGGAGAGGAUGUACAGCGAGGACAGAGCGUCUACUGAUGACAGGGAGGACAAUCCUAAUAGCUGGUUCCCCAAAGAGAAUAUGUUCAGCUUUCAGACAGCCACCACCACCAUGCAGGCAAUAUCGGCUUUCCGAGGCAUUGCUGAAAGAAAGAGACGGAAAAGAGAGCAGGAGGCAGCCACCAUGAUGGAGAGAAAUUUCCGCAAACACCUUAGGAUGGUUGGCAGCCGCAGGAUGAAGGCCCAGACUUUCGCCGACCGCCGAGCCAAGAGCUUCAGCCGCUCGUGGAGUGACCCCACCCCCGUCAAGCCUGAGUCCCUGCAUGACUCCAGAGACAGUGGCGAGCUUCAGACCUCCUCAGGGACUCUAGAUGAAGGGCUGGAUGAGGAUGCCGACUGGGAGGAGGAGAGGGAGGUGGAGAGAGCGGCCUGCGAAGGAGAGGACUUCAUCCCACCGAAAAUCAUGCUGAUAUCCUCCAAGGUACCGAAGGCUGAAUAUGUUCCCAACAUCAUCCGAAGGGACGACCCCUCCAUCAUUCCUAUUCUUUAUGACCACGAACACGCCACGUUCGAUGACAUCCUCGAGGAGAUCGAGAAAAAGCUGACUGCCUACAGAAAAGGCUGUAGAAUCUGGAACAUGCUCAUUUUCUGUCAGGGAGGUCCUGGACAUCUGUACCUGCUCAAGAACAAAGUGGCCACAUUUGCCAAGGUGGAGAAAGAGGAAGACAUGAUCCAGUUCUGGCGGCGGCUCAGCAGGCUGAUGACGAAGCUGAACCCGGAACCGAACCUCAUCCACAUCAUGGGCUGCUAUGUGCUGGGGAGCGCUAACGGAGAAAAGCUUAUUCAGACUCUGAAGAGGCUGAUGAGACCCUCCUCAGUCGAAUUCAAGUCCCCACUAGAGCUGUCGGCACAAGGCAAAGAGAUGAUCGAGAUGUACUUUGACUUCCGUCUGUUCCGCCUGUGGAAAAGCCGUCAGCACUCCAAGCUGCUGGACUACGACGACCUCUUGUGACAUCACCCCGUGUUCCGUUGGCUUUUUGGCCGGUUAUUGCGAGUCUGACCCUACUGCUGUACGGUGACAGGGCGUUUGACUGACGGAGCUCCCACCCUUCUGAGCGGCUCCUGGACCUCCUCUGAGGCCGAGCUGGAGCAGCAGCAGAGCAGUUGGGUCUGUUUUUUUAGCCCUUCUGAAGCGAUGUGGUGUGGCUCUGUAGAUCCAGCCAGCGAUGUACCUUUUCUCCCCUAUCCAUCGUCACUUUCUACCUAUCUCCUCGAGAAAAGAGAGGAGAAAAGGGGGAGAAGCAAGUGACUCAUCAUCCUAGCUUAAAUGUGUCAAAGACGAUAACUAGAGUUAGAGUUCUGAGUUCACACAGGAUGUUGGACAACAGAGUGACAACAGAGAAAAGAAAGAACUCUUUUUGAGUUUCCAGGGUGACAGGUUUAUUUUUUUUGCCUUGCCUUUAGCCAACCUAUCGGUUCUUUAAAGAUGCAGGCUAACGAGGAUGGAAGUAUUUUCUUUGUCACUGGUGGAAACUACUUACUAAGGAAUUAGAGCUCAUAUGUACAUAAACAAGUGCUUGCAGGAGCAUUAGAGAUUAGAUUUCCAGCAUCUCUUUCCAUGGUAUCAUGUGAAAAUCUAGUCAUCGAAUUAUUCUUAUUUAAUAUUUAAAGUUGUCUAUUUAGCACAGCUUUUUUAAAACUUCAAAUAAACGUGUUAGUAUUUCGUACAGACUGUUGUAUUAACUCAGGUUAAAUCUCUUGUUUUCUACUAAGACUUGUACUCGCGGUACAACAUACUGUAGAUCAGGAUCAAAGGCCUUCAUUGUCCACACAGUCAUCUUCAGUGGAACGUUACGACUGUCAGGGAUGUCGUAUCUUUACUUGCGUGUGGACGACAGAGCUUCUUUGAAUUUCCAUAGUCUUUCGAGUCAGCUGUAGCCGAACAGACAGACGUAUCCGUGCAUGUCUCAUAACAUUACAGCGUUACGUUUUAGCCAACACUAGCUAUCCUUUCUUCAGCUGUUGGUUCGCGAAUGUUCAGCCUUUUUGUGUGUUCGUACUGCAUGUGUGUGUCCAUAGCUUCUGUGUAUAGUUCCCCUGUAAAGAGGCUGCAGGUGGAGACUACGACACCGUACUCUUAACCAUUACAUUAUAUAAGAUAGAAUGCAUACUUGUGUAUUCAGGUUAUUUCAGUGUUUUACUCAUGUUUUUGGAGUGUUUCUUUUUAAAGACUUGACUUGAGUCACUCUAAGUAGCAAGUGAGUGUUAGCGGUGAGACUUUCCCUUGACUUUUAGUUCCUCCUCACCACCACGUCCUCUUCUGUGUUAAUAUACUCUUAAAACCAGUGCUGUCACUGGGUGAAUAACACACGGUUUAAUGGUGUCACCAAAUACUGUCUUUGCCAUACAUAUUUCUGGUAUUAGUAUCUAUUUUAAAAAGGUUUUGCUAGUGACAUGUAUUUUGCCGAUAUUUACAGAAAAGUUUUGAAGGCUGUACUCCUCUGAUUUAGUGUUGCACUUUCCUGAAACUGAAGGAUUUAAGCCAGACAAAUUAGAAAAGAGCAGUCAAAAACGAAGUCAUGCUGGCUGUUGAUUUUUUUAGUUUGGAUCAGCAUCCAAAAACACGAGAUCCUACAUUUCCCAACAUGCAACUUGAUUGUGUCUCUUAACUAGAAUAAAUACCGAAUCAUGAACACCAGCUACCACCACAGUAAAGUCAGGUUUCCAGCAGGCUUCAGUCUGUACAGGAUGUUCCAGAAACAUUGGCUAUUACAACCCAUUUUAGCAGAAUUUCUUAAAAAGCUGUCCUAUAUUUUUUUAAAGCAAGGGCUCACCCUGGUGUACUGCAGAGCUACACAUUAACACUAAAUAACUAACACAACUAACAGUAAAUGUUUAAGGGUAGAGUUUUAAAACUUGUAUCUAAUUUGGACCGUUGGCAGUGAAUACGUGUAAAGUCAGACAGGAUGAGGGACAUCUACAUCACUUUAUCUGCAGCUUGCGCUGAGGUGGCCAUGCUCUUCAUCAUACAUCCUCCUCCUCCUCCUCUCUGCAAAUAUGCAGCUUCAGACCAAAUGUUCUCACAGAGAUAUGAAAGAAUGAGGAGAAAGUAAAGCCUGUUUGCUCUUCAUUGUAGUCUGGAUGUCUGAAUUCAGAUGAAAGUUAAGGAAUGAUUCAGGAGAGGGAUUUCUAUAUGGGAUAGUAACACAACAGAUGUUAUUCAUCCAUACAUGCUUCCUAUGUGCAGGCCUCCCUGCACAUGUUCGCUGCUUGUGUUGGGACUAUGGGUGGCUGAGCUCUUUCAGUGCUUAUUUACAGAACAUUUAUGUGUUGUUGCUGCUUCCUGAUCCAUGCAGGUCAACUGAGCUGGAAGAAGUGCUCAUGGCACCGGUGCGCUGUGAGUAGCUCUUAGCCUGCAGGAUGCAGAUGGACGAUUCGAAUGCCAACACUAUUCAUCUUAAUGCAUUCUGGAGGACAGCGGGCUCUCUAAGGGGAGCUGCAGUCCAAGGAGGGACGUUCAGGCAUUCGUAACAUCUCAUUAAAGCCAGCCAGAAUGUCAGAGAUUAUAUCUGUCCAGGUGUUUUAUAGUCUAACAGGUAUUUUUCUUUCUUUUUUACUGAGGGCAAUAAUCAGAGGAAGCAUGUCAAAUGAGAGAUUGUGUGUUUUGAUCCAACACGGCUGGACUGGUUUUUGGAAUGAAGCCCUUUAAGUGGAUGAAGAACACAUGAUCAGCAGCAUUCACACUGUUUGCAUUAUCUGGUUCCAGUUAUGAGAGUGCACAUAUGUUUGUUUCCCUGUUUUUAACGUGUAUCUGUACAGAAGUUCUCAGCAUUCACAGAAGAAAAAACCUCAUAAAUAUGAAUUCCUUUUCUGAUAAUUACGAUAUCCAGAUGGCAUUGUUACUAGAAAAGGUUGAGAUGUUAAAGUCCUUUAGAAAAUGUUACAUUAGAUGUUAAACAUCUUCACUUGUGUGAACAGAUGUAAACUUUUAUGGUGUUCGAUUAGUUUCAAACCUGUGCACAUAAAAAAUGCAGGCGUGUCCUUUGAUGUAUUAUUUGAGUUAUUAAAUAUGGGCCUUGCUUUAUUACUGCAGUAGCUCUGUAGAUGUUGUACUUUUACUCUACAUUCAUUGACAACUUUACUAGUUACACUAACUAUAUAUAUUUAUUUAUAUAUAAAUUACUGAAACUAGCCAACAGAUAUUAAAAUUAACUUCACCUUCAUCAGCUGUAAUAAAAGAAUGUACACAUGAAUUAAUAUAAUAUACAAUACCAUUCUAAAGUCUGGGCUCACUCAGAAAUGUCCUUAUUUUUGAAAGAAAAGCAGUUUUUCCAAUGAAGACAGCAUUAAAUGAAUGAUAAAUCCAGUGUAGAAAUAGUUAAUGUGCUAAAUGACUAUUGUAGCUGGAAACGACUGAUUUUUAAUGGAAUAUCUCCAUAGGGGUACAGAGGAACAUUUCUGCCUCCAGAAUCUCAGAAAUCAACUUGACUUGACUGACAUCCCAUCAGACAGGAUGCUUGUGCACCAGAGCAGAAGUGCUUCCUUGUGAGGAUGAACUGUUCUGUUUGCUCCUCUCGUCUGCAUGUUUUUAUGUACACAGGUCUAGAAAUGAAUUAAGCACCAUAGUGUAUGUUACUGCCUUGUUCCUUUAGCCUGUAUGUGUUCACAGUCUGAUAGAUGAUGGAAUCUGUUGUUAGCACUUCUUCCUUUAUACUGACAACUUUUCCUGAAUGACUGUGAUGCUCAUGAAAAAGUGAUUCUCAGGCCAGUUCUUCACUGUCUUCUUCUAGGACUUUUAAGACGGUCUAUAAAAGCUUGUUUGAAAUGAACAACAAAGAUAAAGAUAUUUUGUGAAUCUGGAGUUGAUUUUCAUAACGCAGACAUCCAGAUUUCCUGAUUUUGAGAUCUGUUCUCAUUCUAAUGAGAUGAUAAAUCAUCAUUAGCAGGAGAUUCUUCAGUGAAUGCAGUCUUCUUCCAUAUUUCUGUUUUCUGACAGUGCUGUCCGCUUAUCUCUGCUCCUCUAAGCAGAAAAUAUCACAGUAAUUAUGAUCAUUUGCUCUCACCACCAGAACAGCAAAGGUCCUGCUGUAGUAUGGAUUAAAAAUAGUAGCUUUCUCAAAGUGAUUGCUGGUUUAAUUGCUAACUCCUGCGGGUUUGAACCAUUUAUCCAGACUGUAAACUGUCUGGGUCCUUAAAUUACCUGAACAGCAGAGAAACAACUAAUAAUUUGUAAGGGGAUCUUUUGUCCGAAGUCCCCCUGUUUUCUCAGUUACCUUUGAAUUUUUUAGCUAUGCUGUUCAUGUAAACUCAAAACUUUCUGCAAUUUUUCCUGUUAUUAUGGUAAAUAAGAUGCAAUGUACUUUAUACUGCACACCAUUGUGAUUUACUAUUUACUAGUAGUUCCCACUGUUCUGUUUUUUGUUGUUUUUUUGUUCUGAAUAUGUAACGCUACUAACAGAUUUUCCAAAGCUCAAAGUGUGUAAACCCUCUUGUUGGGUGUGUUUAGUAAAACUCACUCCAACUUAAAUUCACUCAUGAAACUACAGAGCAGUAGGAGUGUUCAUGAUGUAAGUAAGUGCUGUGGAAAUGUACCUGAUGCUGAGUUUAUUCUGUGAUCUAGAACAGGUAAAUCCACCUCUCCUCAGUUUUCACGCAGCCUUUAACCGUCUGAGCUGGACACCUCCAGCUCUUACUUGAGACAUUAUUCUGGCUUUACAGUAUUUGAUAUUAAUCUUGUAAAACAUGGGUAGUCUUGCUCAUUCGAUUGUUUCUACAACAUAAUGUCAGAGUUAAUGUGAUGUCUAUUUAGGCAUAGGGCUUUUUAAGGUUCUGUUUCCCUUUGGUUGUGCAUUAUAUCCUGACUGCUUGGAUUUAUGCUGAGAUCGUUGCUGUCUUUUGUGUGCAGUGACCUCUUUUCUUAAGGGUAGAUCUGACCUUAAAAGUGUUGUACAUUCAUGUCCAUAUGUUACAGCAUCACCCACUCUCCCACAACCUUACUCCUGUAGCAGUAUACUGUGUAUGAAUAUGUCUGUGUGGUUUUUUCAACUUGCAUAUUUGUGUGUACACGACAGGGAGCAUCGUUUAAGGUGUUGUAUUAGUCUGUAGCAGCGCUGGGUUUUAAUGGCUAUUGAUUUGCCGUGCUGUGGCUGAUGGACAGAAACAAAGACAGCAGGAAGCUCACUGCUCAGCUCCACUAAUCCUACAACACUCUUCUGCUGCUGUGCGUUUGAACCGCUGAGCAGCUUUUUGAUUUGAAGGAUUACCACAUUGUUAACAUUUAUAGAAUCAUUAGAUGUGGAUGUGUCUAAGUUCUGAGCAGCUCCAGUGGUGACUGAAGUGAAAUUUCCAUUUAAUUGGAUGUAGUCAGGCUGCAGGCGAAGGAUCUAAGUUGUCUAAGGCAUCAUUAGUUACAGGUUGCAUGUUACAUUCUACACAGUCAGCAUUUGCAUUCGGCUGUUUUAGUGCAGCCUAAACAUUAGUGAUUGUCCUGAUUAAAAGAACUGUACCUUUGGAACCUCUUUUAGGGUCGUUUCAGGAGAAGAACACGUCCUACUCCGUGCUAGCUACUUCUGAACAGCUGUGCAGGUCUCAUUGCUGAUUGGUUAAGUCUGGAAAAGAGAAAUGCUGAUUGGUAAUAUUCAGAGAGGACCAGUGCCAUUUUUCUAACCUCUCCAUGUCCUCAUCCAGCAGCAGUCUUCUCUCCUUUAACAUCACCAUCAGCAAUAACAUAAUCAACCUGUGUUGAUGUAUGAGUACGUAGAACGUAGAUCACCUGGACUGUUUGUUUCUGUCUGGGUGCACUCAGAGCUAACAUCCUGUUCAUAGUUGUUGGAUCCUAAAAUGGAACCAAAGAGGCUGGAAGGGCAGACUAGACAUUCCUGUGAAUGUUAGCGCCACCUAGCACCUGUCUGGAGCAGUCGAAAGCCGUGUAUUUAUUUGAACCAUAUUUUCAACAGCCCAGCUUUACAUGUGGACACUGGACGAAGCAACAGACCUCAGUCAUGUUUGUUUGAAGGAGUAAAGCAAAGCGUCAGGCAGCCUUGGCGAUCUUUUCUGUGUGCUGGUAACUUUGGGAGAAAAAACUCAUCUUAGACACAAAAAGAAAACUCCGAUCUGAGAUGUCAAGGCUCCUACAUAAGGCCUGUACAGAUCCAUUGCGGUGUCGCUGAUGAGAACACUCGGUUCGACCUGGUUCACUGAAGCAGCCGUUUCCAUUUCCUGAGAACAUAAUUACACAAAUCAGCAGACUGAUCUUUGCCUCCCCUCUCCUGUUGUUUCCCAAAUGAAACCGCAUGUCCCAUUGAGAGCAGAAGACAGUUGAAUUAUUAUUAAGCAUUGUUGUGCCCUCCCCGCUGCUUCUUGCCACUUUCCAUGAAGAUUGCCAGGGCUCGGUUGGGAGCGUGAUUGGGUUUGAUGAGAGUGAUGGAUUGAUGCUGCUUUGAUUGCCCCGACACCUCCAGUCAGGCUGUGAUUGUAUUUUGGGAAGGGUGGAAAAUAAUGUGUUUAUGUUCAUGUCUGUUUCACUUUACAUCAACUUCUAGCUCCUCUGACUGAGCAUUACAUUUUGGAAUAGCUUUUUUAGACUAACGCUGUAGAGAGUGAUAGACGUUAAAUAAGGUUCAAACACCGACUUAUCAUCAUGUGUCCUGAUAGAGAAAAACGUGUCUAUUAUGAAAGGUAUAAUAGCAAAUAACAUAAAUGUAUAUCUGGUGAUUUUGAUACUAGUAGAAGUUAACAAUAUAUCUGGGUAGCUUUCAGAGCUUUUGGGUUCUUCCUUAGAAUAGAAUUUAUUGAUGGAACUUUAAGGUGACUACUUAUUGUAUUUAAACUAAUAGCAAAGAAAUGUUGUUGCAUUGCACAAUGUUGGUAAUAACCUGUGAGAAAAAGGAUUGUUUUUAAGGCAUUUUUUUCAGUAAAGCAUAGUUCUACACA